AUAUCAGUCCUCACCUUCCUCCACCUGUUCAACGACUAUUAAGCUUCUCCUCUUCUCUCUCUCUCUCUCUCUCUCUCUCUCUGUCGCCAUGGCUUCUUCCACGAGGAGCUUGGGGAGCUCAGCUGCGUCUAUCUACGCCACCUUCACUGAGCUGUUGACAGGCGUCGGUAAUAGCCAAGGCGAGGACAUGACAAGGCUUGAGAUGAGCCGGGAAUUGGCAGGGGGUGAUACAGGUGGCACAUCCAAGUUCAAGUCUGCACCUCCUCCCUUCCUGCCUCUCUCCCCUCCUCCUCCAUCUGCUUCCUUCUCUUUCCCAACCAGCCUCAGCCUUGCCGAGCUCUUGGAAUCUCCACUCCUCCUCCCCUCUUCCUCUAUGUUGCCUUCUCCAACCACUGGUUCUCUCCCUGCACAGCAUCUGAACUGGAGCGUCUCUGCUAAUUCACAGGAUGGAGCCUACUCCGACUUCUGUUUCCAAACCCAGGGAGGAGAACGAAAACCCGAAGUCAAAGUUGAAGAUGCUGUCCCAAUUCAUGCAAGUUCUUCUCAGGCCGUGAGAGGGCAGAGGAGAUCAGAUGAUGGAUACAACUGGAGGAAGUAUGGCCAGAAACAGAUUAAGGGAAGCGAGAACCCGGUCGGCUAUUACAAGUGCACUUAUCCCGAUUGCCCAACGAAGAAGAAGGUGGAGAUGUCCAUUGAUGGAGAGAUUACUGAGAUCGUGUACAAGGGCAGCCACAACCACCCAAAGCCUCUGUCCACCAGAAAGCUUUCAGCUCCUCUGCCUUCCCAGACAUCCGAUCAUCGCUUUGCUGAUCCAGUUCUGACACCUGAGAAUUCAUCAGUUUCUUGCUGUGGAUCUGAGGCAAAGGAAUUCGACGACGACGAGCACGACGCGAAGCGCUCGAGGAAGGAAGAUGAGGGUAAGUACUUCUCAGCUCCCGGAAACAGGACAGUUCGUGAGCCGAGAGUGGUGGUGCAGACUCCCAGCGACGUUGACAUUCUUGACGAUGGAUAUCGAUGGAGGAAGUACGGGCAGAAGGUGGUCAAGGCGAAUCGAAAUCCCAGGAGCUACUACAAGUGCACCAGUAAUGGCUGCCCGGUUAGGAAGCAUGUGGAGAGGGCAUCAAACGACCCGAGAUCGGUGAUCACCACGUACGAGGGAAAGCACAACCAUGAUGUUCCUGCAGCUAGAACACCUCAACCUGAUUCAGCCAUGGCUGAUCAUGUUACCCUCUUCCCCUACUAACACUCGGAUUCCUACAGAACAUGUUCCUCGAGUCUGUGUCGAGCAGAGAUUGAUGUAAACUGUUUGUCAUGUGAACCGUGUCUUAGAAAAUUACAGGAAAAUAGCUAUAUAUUUCACUGAUUUAUUCUGUGCAA